AAAUGAAGGUAGUUGAGUUGGUUUAUCCAACAAGCUAAACUACCCUCUCUGUUUCUCCCAAAUCCGAAAACAUUCCCUACUCAUAUAAAUCCCUGCACAUGUAUUCAAAUCCAACACAAAUUAAUCUUCCCUCUACUUGGGAAAUUAAGGCCUAAACAACAUAUCUGCUUGAUUACUAUCAAACCAUGAAGAUCAAGGUGGGAGUCGCAAUGUUGGUUGUGACCAUCUUUGCCAUCCUAAUCGAUGGUUACAGCUGCAAAGUGGUGCAGUUUAUAUUUGGCGACUCUCUCUCGGAUGUUGGAAACAACAAGUACUUGGGCAAGAGCCUGGCCCAAGCAAGCUUGCCCUGGUAUGGUAUCGAUUUUGGUAAUGGAUUGCCUAAUGGGAGGUUCUCUAAUGGUCGUACAGUAGCUGAUAUUAUAGGUGAUAAAAUGGGUCUCCCAAGGCCCCCUGCCUAUCUAGACCCAUCUUUAACCGAAGACAUGAUACUCGAAAAUGGAGUGAACUAUGCUUCUGGAGGAGGUGGAAUCUUGAAUGAAACUGGUGCCUUAUUUAUUCAAAGGCUUUCACUCUACAAGCAAAUCGAGCUUUUUGAAGGGACACAAACAUUGAUAAGGAGCAAAAUUGGCAAAGUGGCAGCAGACAAGUUCUUCCAAGGAGCUCGUUACGUGGUUGCUUUAGGCAGCAAUGACUUCAUCAACAAUUACUUGAUGCCGGUCUAUAGCGAUUCCUGGAAUUACAACGAUCAAAGCUUCAUCGACUACUUGAUGGAAACACUAAAGGCACAACUUCAGCUAUUGCAUACUUUAGGGGCAAGGCAGCUGAUGGUGUUUGGUUUAGGACCAAUGGGUUGUAUUCCACUACAGAGGGUUCUAAGUACGUCUGGGGAUUGCGUAGACAGAGCAAACAACUUAGCUCUCAGCUUCAACAAAGCUGGAAGCAAGCUAAUGGACAAUUUGAACGCCAAACUUCCCAACUCCAGCUAUAGAUUUGGUGAUGCUUAUGAUGUGGUCAAUAAUAUCAUCAUCAAUCCAAGCAAAUAUGGAUUCAGUAACUCAGACUCACCAUGCUGCUCAUUCGGAAAAAUAAGACCGGCUCUAACAUGUGUGCCUGCAUCAGUACUGUGCAAAGACAGAAGCAAAUAUCUGUUCUGGGAUGAGUACCACCCAUCGGAUAGCGCUAACCAAUUUAUUGCUAAUGAGCUCAUCAAGAAAUUCGGUUUCACGCGUGUCGAUCAAGGCGAUGCUCCUUCCUCAGCACCUGCCAUUGCUCCAUCACCAGAUCAGAAUUAACAAAGAAUGAAUGUGUGUACUUAAUUUAAAGCUAGAGUGCUGUGUCUGCUACUUAAUUAAUCACCUGUACUGCUUAUUUCAUAAAGCAGUUUCUUGCUUGGAGAUGAUUAAACAGUUUUUCCUAUAGUUAUAUGGUUUGCAAAUGUAUGUGCAUUCUUAUUGUUCAAGGUUUCCUUUUUAAUAAAGUCUUUAGUAGUUCGUUC